AUGAGUUCUGCGGAGGAGAGAAAGGACCAUGACAUGUACUGUGAGAAGGCGGUGGCCCUCAUCAUUGACCUCUGUCUGGACGACAGCCCCCUGUUGCAGCCCAACACCUGCCAGGACUUCAUCACACUGCUGGCCACCAACCAGAGCCCAAACUCUGCAUGGUCAGACAUGCGAAGGGAGCGCCCGCAGCUCAGCCAGGAAGAGACCAGAGUGCACCAGUCCACAGAGAUUCAAAGAGGGAGAGAGAGGAGAGUGUUCAUCACCGAAAUCUCCUUCAGCUUCCUGCUCCUGGUGUUCGUGGCCUGUGGCCUGGCCCUGCUGGGCGUCAUCGUCUUUGCCUCCUGGAAGCUGUGCUGGGUGCCCUGGCGCACCAAGGACCUCUCCUCCAGUGCCACCAACCUUGCCCCUGCCGCCGGUCCCCCCUCCUCUGCUUCUGUGAGACCCUACGACAGAGCCUUCCCAGCACAUGCCCACAGGCCUACACUUGUACGCGCACACACGCACGUGCACGCAAUGGCGUCUGACAAGCUGAAUCCUUCGGACCCAGCAAGUUUCCUGGAGGCGGCAGUGAAGAUCAGCCACACAUCACCUAACAUCCCUGCCGAGGUGCAGCUGUCCAUGAAAGACCACUUCCUACGCCGCACGCGCAUGGCCAGGCAGACCACCGAGCCUGCCUCCUCCAAUAGGCACAGCUCCUUUAAGAAGCACCUCCCCCGACAAAUUCACCAUGUCACCAGCCUUGACCGAGGCAGCGACUUCCCCUAUGCAGAGGACCAAUCCACCAGCCUAGCCAGUUUGGGCCGCAUCCAGCCAGAGCUCUACAAGCAGAGCCUCCUGGAGGCCGACGAGUCCUCCAAGACCUGUGGCAAGAUCAACUUCUCCCUCAAGUACGACUAUGAGUCCGAGGCGCUCCUCGUCAACAUCCUCAAGGCGUUCGACCUGCCCGCCAAGGAUUUAUGCGGCAGCUCCGACCCCUACGUCAAAAUCUACCUCCUGCCUGACCGCAAGCGCAAGUUCCAGACCCGCGUCCAUCGCAAGACGCUCAACCCCAUUUUUGACGAGUCCUUCCAGUUCACCGUGCCCUACGAGGAGCUGGGCAGCAGGAAGCUGCACCUGAGCAUCUUUGACUUUGACCGCUUCUCCAGCCACGACAUGAUCGGCGAGGUCAUUCUAGAGAACCUGUUUGAGGCGUCGGACCUCUCUCGCGAGACGGCCGUCUGGAAGGACAUUCACUACGCCACCUCUGAGAGUGUAGACCUGGGGGAGAUCAUGUUCUCUCUCUGUUACCUGCCAACCGCAGGCCGACUCACCAUGACCAUCAUCAAGUGCAGGAACCUCAAGGCCAUGGACAUCACAGGAUACUCAGACCCAUAUGUCAAGGUCUCCCUCGAGAGUGAAGGACGGCGCUUAAAAAAGAAGAAAACCACCAUCAAGAGGAACACUUUGAACCCCACCUAUAACGAAGCUAUCAUCUUCGACAUCCCCCCUGAGAACAUGGACCAAGUCAGCCUGCACAUAUCCGUCAUGGACUAUGAUUUGGUGGGACACAAUGAAAUCAUAGGUGUGAACAGAGUGGGCAGUCAUGCGGAGGGACUGGGCAGAGACCACUGGAACGAGAUGUUGGCCUAUCCCCGGAAGCCCAUCGCUCACUGGCACCCUCUACUGGAGGCCACCAAGUCUCAGAAAGAGUGGAAAACCCGCACAGCAAGCUUUGACAGCCAAGGCUCCUGCCCCUCUCCAAGACUCCUGUCUAGUCCAUGAGGGAGGAGUAAGAGUUUAUAUUCCACUACUCUACAAAGCCUGCCCUGCAGCAAGGCCUGAAAUAUUGGAGUGUCCCAGACCCACAAAUUCUGUGCCUCAAAAUAAGUAAAUUGCAGUAAGUUGUUCUGGAAUAACAGUCGGUCUACACUGGACAUUAUCUCCAAAGCACACAGACAGACACAGAAACACACACACACACACAUUUCUCUUGUGCCCUCUUGGACAGCCACUUUGCCAUGGUAUGUAUAGCUUAUAGUGUAUACUGGGUCUGGUGGGAUCAUUGUUAUUGCAACAAUAUUUUUGCAGUUGAGCUCAGCCUGGUGUGUUUAUACAUCUGAGGUUAACAUCUAUGUGUAUAUGUCUGAAGUUUGGUCAGGGAGUUGUGUUGUGGCAGUCUUGUGAACAUACAACAUCAUAUUAAAUAGGUCAAAUGUUAUAGUUGCUGCUGUUGAGUGCAGGACGUUCUUGAAGUACCCUACGACUUACAGUACCCUACCCUACAGCAAGUCCAAAACAAUCAACAGGGUAUUAUGAAGUGAACAAUUUUAUACACAUUUGUUUUGUUAUUGAAAUCAUUGUUGGUUUACUACAGUGGAUGGUCCAGGAGGACAAAUGUUACAUCCCUUUACUUUAUUUGUAUUUGUUUUAUGUACACAACAUACACCACACCUGGCCAUCAUAUAUUUUUGAUGUCUUAAGUGUAGCUGCAUUACGUGCUAAAUACGUAGAUAGCGUCAUUACAAACACUGUGGUUUAGUUUGUGGCGGUACAGUACUGUUAAAAUUACACUGAAGGUAUGGACUUAAAAUGUACAAUAGUAUAUGUAUAUAAUGCCCUUUGAUACUGACAUCAAUAAUAGCACUGUAUUUAGAAUCACAUAUUUAUGAUAUUAUCCACAUGACUAUCCCCUGACCUUACUUUUCUGUUUCAAUUUCACAGUGACUAAAGCUUCACUGCUCUGUUGUUUUUCCUAUUACCUAUGAAGUGUUUGCCAAUAGUCUCCUGUUUAGGCAAUGUCAUGUACUUUGUUGAGGGACUUGGCUUGACCCUUGACCCCUUUGCCUCAUCAGCCUUGUGAUAAGUGUUUAAAAUAAUUACUCUCCUCUGUUUUUUCUAAGCAAUUAAGAGUAACUUUCCACUUUUGUAUUGAACAUUUGUAUUUGUAACAUAACUGUUUCCAGGCAUCCCUUGUAUUUUAAACAAGUGACAAUAAAGUUGUUG